CCCGCUCUCCGAGUUUCCGCGCCGCUUAGCUGGGCUCCCGGGUGCUCUAAGCCCGGCUCCUCCGCGCGUCCGUCAGCACGGGGCGCCGGGCACAGCGCCCGCCUUUGCACCGCCCCUGAUCCGCAGCGCUGCCGCCAGGCGCCGCGCCCCCGGCGGAGGGACGCAGUGAGGGGCUGACCCCGCGCCCCGCCGAUGAGCGGACGGCCGCCUGCUCCCAAGCGCUCCCGAUGUCUCGCUUCCCUCUGGCCGCCUUCCGGCCGCCGCUCGGCGGGCUGCGGCCGUCCCGGGGCCUGCAGCCGCUCUGUACGCGGCCGGAGCCCGGCGCGCCCCUCCCUCGGAGGAACCGCGAGGCCAAGCAGAGGCGCCUGCGGGAGAAGCAGGCGGCCCUGGAGGCCGGGCGAGCUGGCCGGAGCAAGGCACCCGCAGCGCCCGCCAAGGCCUGGAGUCGCAAGGAGGUAGUAGUGUAUGACGUCGCCACUGAGCCGGGUGAAAAGAAAGACGUCUCCGCGCCCCUGCCCCCUGCGUACAGCCCCCGGUAUGUGGAAGCGGCCUGGUACCCGUGGUGGCUGCGAGAGGGCUUCUUCAAGCCGGAGUAUCAGGCGCGGCUGCCCCACGCUACCGGGGAGACCUUUUCCAUGUGCAUUCCACCUCCCAACGUCACUGGUUCCCUGCACAUCGGCCAUGCACUCACAGUGGCCAUCCAGGACGCACUCGUGCGCUGGCACCGGAUGCGUGGGGAUCGCGUGCUGUGGGUCCCGGGCUCAGAUCACGCGGGGAUUGCUACACAGGCUGUGGUGGAGAAACAGCUGUGGAAGGAGCGGAGAGUGAGGAGACACGAGCUGAGCCGGGAAGACUUCCUCAGAGCCGUGUGGGAGUGGAAACACGUGAAAGGAGGGGAGAUCUAUGAGCAGCUGUGCGCGCUGGGAGCCUCGCUGGACUGGGACCGAGAGUGUUUCACCAUGGACGCUGGCUCCUCGGCAGCUGUGACGGAAGCCUUCGUGCAGCUGCACCGAGCGGGGCUGUUGUACCGGAGCCGCCAGCUUGUCAACUGGUCGUGCGCCUUGAGAUCGGCCAUCUCGGACAUUGAGGUGGAGAGCCGGCCCCUGCCUGGCCGCACAGAGCUCCGGCUGCCCGGCUGCCCGGCCCCUGUGUCUUUCGGGCUCCUCGUCUCUGUUGCUUUCCCUGUGGAUGGAGAGCCUGACACGGAGAUUGUGGUGGGAACCACCAGGCCUGAGACCCUGCCGGGUGACGUGGCUGUAGCCGUCCACCCAGACGACCCACGGUACACGCAUCUACAUGGGCGACAGCUUCGUCAUCCCCUGACGGGACAGCUGCUCCCUGUCAUCACAGACACCUCAGUUGAGCCACGUGUGGGCACAGGGGCGGUGAAGGUGACGCCUGCUCACAGUCCAGCCGAUGCCGAGAUGGGGGCCCGGCACGGCUUGACCCCCCUGAGUGUCAUUGCAGAGGAUGGGACCAUGACGUCGCUCUGUGGGGACUGGCUGCAGGGUCUUCACCGAUUUGUGGCCCGGGAGAAGAUUGUGUGCAUGCUGAGGGAGCGGGGCCUGUUCCGGGGCUUACGGGAGCACCCCAUGCUGCUGCCCAUCUGCAGCCGUUCCGGGGACGUGGUGGAACACCUGCUGAAGAGCCAGUGGUUCCUGCGCUGCCAGGAAAUGGGGGACCGAGCGGCCAAGGCCGUGGAGUCAGGGGCCCUGGAGCUCUGGCCCGCUUUCCACCGGAAGAGCUGGCAGCACUGGUUUGCCCACAUGGGGGACUGGUGUGUCUCCCGGCAGCUGUGGUGGGGACAUCAGAUUCCAGCCUACAAGGUCGUCGGGGAGAGUGCAGAGGAUGACAGUAAGGAAUGUUGGGUGGUCGGUCGGUCAGAAGCUGAGGCCAGAGCGAUAGCCGCCAAACAGACGGGCAGGGCAGGGCCAGAGCUGACCCUGGAGAGGGACCCUGAUGUCCUGGACACUUGGUUCUCAUCGGCUCUUUUCCCCUUUUCUGCCCUGGGUUGGCCUCAGGAGACGCCAGACCUCGCUCGCUUCUACCCGCUCUCGCUCCUGGAGACGGGCGGCGACCUCCUGCUGUUCUGGGUGGGCCGCAUGGUCAUGCUGGGGACCCAGCUCACCGGGCAGCUGCCCUUCCGCAAGGUGCUGCUUCAUUCCAUGGUUCGGGACGGGCAGGGCCGGAAGAUGAGCAAGUCCCUGGGCAACGUGCUGGACCCUCGGGAUGUCAUCAGUGGGCAGGAGCUGCAGGUGCUGCAGGCCAAGCUGACAGAGGGCAACUUGGACCCAGGAGAGCUAGCCAUUGCAGCCGCAGCACAGAGAAAGGACUUUCCUCACGGGAUCCCCGAGUGUGGCACAGAUGCCCUGCGAUUUGCACUGUGCUCCCAUGGAAUCCUGGGGGGCGACCUGCACCUGUCUGUCUCCGAGGUCCUGAACUACCGGCACUUCUGCAACAAGCUCUGGAAUGCUCUGCGCUUCAUCCUCCGGGCCCUGGGGGAAGGCUUCGUGCCCCAGCCGCCAGAGACGGUGUCUCCCUCCUCCGCCGUGGACGCCUGGAUUCUGAGCCGCUUGGCCUGUGCAGCCCAGGGCUGUGAGCGAGGCUUCCUCAGCCGGGAGCUCUCCCUUGCCACCCACACCCUGUAUCAUUUCUGGCUGCACAGUCUCUGUGAUGUGUACCUGGAAGCGGUGAAGCCGGUGUUGGCGAAUGUACCCAGCCCCCCGGGACCGCGGCAGGUCCUGUUCUCCUGUGCGGACAUCGGGCUGCGCCUCCUCGCCCCACUGAUGCCCUUCUUGGCAGAAGAACUUUGGCAGCGGCUGCCACCCAGGCAGGGUGGCGCCCUUGCCCCCAGCAUCUGUGUGGCCCCCUACCCCAGUGCCCACAGCCUGGAGUCCUGGCGUCAGCCUGAGCUGGAACGCUGCUUCUCCAGGGUCCAAGAGGUGGUGCAGGCGCUGCGGGCCCUCCGAGCCACCUACCAGCUCACAAAAGCCCGACCCCGAGUGCUUCUGCAGAGCCCCGACCCGGGAGAUGAGAGCCUGUUCCAGCCCUUCCUGGAGGCCCUGGGCACCCUGAGCCACUGUGGGGCUGUAGGAUUCCUGCCCCCAGGGGCAGCAGCUCCCGCAGGCUGGGCCUCGGCCCCACUAGGGGACACCGUGAAGAUCUACAUGGAGCUGCAGGGUCUGGUGGACCCACAGAGCCAGCUACCUCGGCUGGCUGCCCGGAGGCAGAAGUUACAGAGGCAGCUUGAUGACCUGAGCCGGACCACACCAGAGGGGGUUGCAGAGAGGCAGCAGAGGCUCUCCUCCCUCCGCCUGGAAUUGUCAAAGCUGGACCAGGCGGCCUCCUACCUCCAGCGGCUGAGUGAUGAGGCUCCCAGGGCGGGGAAACCCUGAGCUCCGCUCCUGAGUGCCGCGCUCCUCAGACCUGCGUGAGCGCAUGUGCCUCUGCUGGUGCGGCGGGACCUCAGGGUGACUCAUUCUGUAAGAGGAAGCAGAGCAGGUCCCUGUGCUGUAAGAAUGAGGAGGACAGGGCCGGAGUGAUGGCUCAGGGGUUAAGAAUACUUGCUGUUCUUCCAAAGGUCGUGAGUUCAAUUCCCAGCAACCACAUGGUAGCUCAUAACCAUCUAUAGUAAGAUCUGAUGUACAGGCAGAAUGUUGUAUAAAUAAUAAAUAAAUCUUAAAAAAAAAAAAAAAAAAAA